AUGAUGAUGAUGAUGAUGAUGAUGAUGAUGAUGAUGAUGAUGAUGAUGAUGAUGAUGAUGAUGAUGAUGAUGAUGAUGAUGAUGAUGAUGAUGAUGAUGAUGAUGAUGAUGAUGAUGAUGAUGAUGAUGAUGAUGAUGAUGAUGAUGAUGAUGAUGAUGAUGAUGAUGAUGAUGAUGAUGAUGAUGAUGAUGAUGAUGAUGAUGAUGAUGAUGAUGAUGAUGAUGAUGAUGAUGAUGAUGAUGAUGAUGAUGAUGAUGAUGAUGAUGAUGAUGAUGAUGAUGAUGAUGAUGAUGAUGAUGAUGAUGAUGAUGAUGAUGAUGAUGAUGAUGAUGAUGAUGAUGAUGAUGAUGAUGAUGAUGAUGAUGAUGAUGAUGAUGAUGAUGAUGAUGAUGAUGAUGAUGAUGAUGAUGAUGAUGAUGAUGAUGAUGAUGAUGAUGAUGAUGAUGAUGAUGAUGAUGAUGAUGAUGAUGAUGAUGAUGAUGAUGAUGAUGAUGAUGAUGAUGAUGAUGAUGAUGAUGAUGAUGAUGAUGAUGAUGAUGAUGAUGAUGAUGAUGAUGAUGAUGAUGAUGAUGAUGAUGAUGAUGAUGAUGAUGAUGAUGAUGAUGAUGAUGAUGAUGAUGAUGAUGAUGAUGAUGAUGAUGAUGAUGAUGAUGAUGAUGAUGAUGAUGAUGAUGAUGAUGAUGAUGAUGAUGAUGAUGAUGAUGAUGAUGAUGAUGAUGAUGAUGAUGAUGAUGAUGAUGAUGAUGAUGAUGAUGAUGAUGAUGAUGAUGAUGAUGAUGAUGAUGAUGAUGAUGAUGAUGAUGAUGAUGAUGAUGAUGAUGAUGAUGAUGAUGAUGAUGAUGAUGAUGAUGAUGAUGAUGAUGAUGAUGAUGAUGAUGAUGAUGAUGAUGAUGAUGAUGAUGAUGAUGAUGAUGAUGAUGAUGAUGAUGAUGAUGAUGAUGAUGAUGAUGAUGAUGAUGAUGAUGAUGAUGAUGAUGAUGAUGAUGAUGAUGAUGAUGAUGAUGAUGAUGAUGAUGAUGAUGAUGAUGAUGAUGAUGAUGAUGAUGAUGAUGAUGAUGAUGAUGAUGAUGAUGAUGAUGAUGAUGAUGAUGAUGAUGAUGAUGAUGAUGAUGAUGAUGAUGAUGAUGAUGAUGAUGAUGAUGAUGAUGAUGAUGAUGAUGAUGAUGAUGAUGAUGAUGAUGAUGAUGAUGAUGAUGAUGAUGAUGAUGAUGAUGAUGAUGAUGAUGAUGAUGAUGAUGAUGAUGAUGAUGAUGAUGAUGAUGAUGAUGAUGAUGAUGAUGAUGAUGAUGAUGAUGAUGAUGAUGAUGAUGAUGAUGAUGAUGAUGAUGAUGAUGAUGAUGAUGAUGAUGAUGAUGAUGAUGAUGAUGAUGAUGAUGAUGAUGAUGAUGAUGAUGAUGAUGAUGAUGAUGAUGAUGAUGAUGAUGAUGAUGAUGAUGAUGAUGAUGAUGAUGAUGAUGAUGAUGAUGAUGAUGAUGAUGAUGAUGAUGAUGAUGAUGAUGAUGAUGAUGAUGAUGAUGAUGAUGAUGAUGAUGAUGAUGAUGAUGAUGAUGAUGAUGAUGAUGAUGAUGAUGAUGAUGAUGAUGAUGAUGAUGAUGAUGAUGAUGAUGAUGAUGAUGAUGAUGAUGAUGAUGAUGAUGAUGAUGAUGAUGAUGAUGAUGAUGAUGAUGAUGAUGAUGAUGAUGAUGAUGAUGAUGAUGAUGAUGAUGAUGAUGAUGAUGAUGAUGAUGAUGAUGAUGAUGAUGAUGAUGAUGAUGAUGAUGAUGAUGAUGAUGAUGAUGAUGAUGAUGAUGAUGAUGAUGAUGAUGAUGAUGAUGAUGAUGAUGAUGAUGAUGAUGAUGAUGAUGAUGAUGAUGAUGAUGAUGAUGAUGAUGAUGAUGAUGAUGAUGAUGAUGAUGAUGAUGAUGAUGAUGAUGAUGAUGAUGAUGAUGAUGAUGAUGUUCAUCUACCUUCUAUAG